CGGGCUGCGCCUCACGGGCUGGCGGGAGCCUGGCCCGGCCAUGUCCGAGGCGUAUUUCCCCGUGGGCCCCGGGCUGGGCACGGAGGAGAAUUUCCUCUCGCUGGACGAUAUCCUGAUGUCGCAGGAGAAGCUGCCGGGGCGCGCCGAGAGCACGCUGCCGCGCCUGGCCGUGUUGAUGGGGCAGGGCGCCGGCAGCGCCGAGUCCAUCCCUGAGGGAUCAAAGCUGGAAAUCCCUCUGUGGCUUGCUAAAGGGCUGCAUGACAGCAAAAGGAGAAUCAUCUCUGUGGAACUGCCAAAGAUUUACAAGGAAGCCUGGAGGACGGUGUUCAGUGCUGAUGCCAAUGUGGUUGAUCUGCAUAAAAUGGGGCCCUACUACUAUGGAUUUGGCUCACAGCUCCUGAAUUUUGAGAAUCCAGAGAAUCCAGAGAUAGCUCAGACUGUCUUGCAGACGUUCAUUGCCCGUUUCCGCCGCAUCAUGGACUCCUCUCAGAACGCCUACAACGAGGACACGUCUGCGCUGGUGGCUCGGCUGGAUGAGCUGGAACGGGCUCUCUUUCAAGUGGGCCAGAAAGGGCUGAACGACUUCCAGUGCUGGGAAAAGGGACAGGCUUCUCAAAUCACAGCUUCCACUCUGGUGCAGAACUAUGGGAAGAGAAAGCUCACGGAAGUGGAUGGUUAAAAGCCUGAAGAACGUAAAGUUACAGUGCGGGACGCAGAUUUACAGCCUGUCCUAGAAGAGAAAAAUGAAUCAAUUUAAGGAAGGACAGGCUCCCUGUCCAUUAAUGGGAAUUCUUCUCUGUAACAGCUUUGGAUAAGACUAGUGAAAAUUUUAAAGGCAGAGGGCAAGGGUAUAAAAAUUAGAUCACACCACUGAACAGCCUUAGAGCUUACCUGUAGCACUCCUGAGGAGUUGCAGCCAAGGUGUUUGCUAGGUGGCUGAAAGGCUUUUCUAAAAGGGUAAUAAAUACUAAUUAUUGCUCCAAAUUGAUAUUUACAAUACCAGAUCUGGAAAGAAGUGUAAUUUAUGUAUUUCAUCUUGUCCUUCCUAACCUCCUGGAAACACCUGUUGAUUCUAUGAACAGCUGUUUCCAGGUUCCCUGUUCUUUAGAGAGCCCCAGUGAUGUGGAAAAAAUGUGAUACAGCGAUAAUUUUUUUUCAUUUCUUAUACACUGAGGUGGAACAGGUGCUCUUUGUGAGGCAGGAAUGUUUUCCUUUGCUGACUCCUGUACACAGUGCCAGUGCCCUGGAGAGAAAUACCUCAAACCCACAGAGCAAGUGGCUGCUCAGGUCUCUGCACAAAGUGCUGCUUUGUCCUCUGUCUCCCUUUCUGGCCCUUGUGACCUUGGUGCUGUUUAGUAAAGAGUGUUCUUGUUUAA